AUGGACUUCUCCAAUAUUUUCCGGCUGGUCAAUUUGGCUGUUGGUGGUGUUAUGGUCCUGGGAGGCAUCACCCAAUUCUUCCACGGGAGCCUAUUCCGCAACAUCAUCGUUGGUGUCUACGUGAUCAUAUUUGGUUUAGGUUCGACCUCCCUAAACCCGAAUGCCGUCGCCGGCCUUGAACUCUUACCUCAAGUACCUCCCUACGUCCCCAAAUACGCCAGCUUUCUGUUCUCCUUCCUCGGUCGUGGCGUUUUCUAUAUCUUUGUCGGAUGCUUGAUCCUCGAAGACAACGCCCUACGUAUCGUUGCUGGAUCCAUUGUCGGCCUCAUUGGAGUGGGCUACGUCGCACUCGAGUUUAUGCCUUCCAUCGAACCUCCGUCAAACAUGAGAGACACGGACGCUGGAUGGGGCGCAGAGCAAGUGUAA